CGUUAAAUCCAGCGUUUCACGGUGAUGAAAACGAGCUCAUCCCUUAGACAUUUGACUCGCAGUGACUUCUGGGAAAUAAAGGCAGGUACUGCGUUACGUCAAAAAGCGGUCGGGAAACAAGGGGGGGAAUUUGGUUGUGGUGACGAAAACCAGUGGACCAGACAUGGCAGCAACGACUUUGUCUCAUGAGCCGUGAUGUUGUACCGUGGGCAGCGGCAGCAGCAGCAGCAGCAGCAGCGGCGGCGGCAGUGGAUAAACCACAGCAUAAUACCUCGUCGUUGCUUUGUACCAUGAAACAUUUUUUACGAUAACGGACUUCGCCACUGCUUCGUGACGCAUACCGGAGCAACAAUGGCCGCCGAAAAUGUGAGCAUGGGCUUCAAGCUGUACUGCCUGACAGUGAUGACUCUGGUGGCAGCCAUGUACACGGUGGCGCUGCGAUACACCAGGACCAUCUCAUCUGGAGAUCUUUACUUCUCCACCACAGCAGUGUGCAUUACAGAGGUCAUCAAAUUAAUACUGAGUCUGGGGAUGUUGACAAAGGAAACAGGAAGUCUUAGCAGACUGAAGAACGCCAUCGUAGAACACGUGUUCCUCAGUCCAAAUGAACUGCUGAAGCUGAGUGUUCCCUCUGUAGUCUACGGAAUUCAGAACAACAUGGCCUUCUUGGCCUUGAGUAACCUUGAUGCUGCAGUGUAUCAGGUGACGUAUCAGCUGAAGAUCCCGUGUACGGCCCUGUGUACCGUCCUCAUGUUGAAUCGCUCUCUCAGUCGGCUGCAGUGGUUCUCUGUCUUCAUGCUCUGUGCUGGUGUCACACUGGUACAGUGGAAACCAGCAGAAGCUACAAAGGUCCAGGUUGAGCAGGAUCCUGUCAUUGGCUUCGCCGCCAUCGCUGUAGCGGUUCUGUGCUCUGGAUUUGCAGGUGUGUACUUUGAGAAAGUUCUGAAGAGCUCCGACACGUCCCUGUGGGUCAGGAACAUACAGAUGUACCUGUCGGGCAUCGUGGUCACGCUGAUGGGCGUUUACGUGACUGACGGUGAGAAAGUCCUGGAGAAGGGCUUCUUCUUUGGCUACACGCCCUGGGUGUGCUUCGUCGUCUUCCUGGCCAGUGUGGGUGGUCUGUACACGUCUGUGGUGGUCAAGUACACGGACAACAUCAUGAAGGGCUUCUCUGCUGCCGCUGCCAUCGUCCUGUCAACGGUGGCGUCUGUCGUCCUGUUUGGAUUACAGAUAACCAUUACCUUUGCCUCUGGUGCCCUGCUGGUGUGUGUCUCCAUCUACCUGUAUGGACUUCCCAAACAAGACACGUCCAAACUGAGCAGAGAAACGACAGAGUCCAAGCAGAAACUGAUGACUGUGUAACUCACUCAGCUGCAGCUGCUG